AAGACAUAAUCAAUCUCAAACUUAGAAAAAGAACUAAAUGCUUGAGAAACAUUCUUAAUUUUCAACUCUCACACACAAAAAACACACAAUUCUUUUUCUAAAGUUUGCACAAUUCUUCUUUGUCCUUCUCUACAUUCAGACAGCCACAAUCUGAUCACUCUAUAAUCUUCUAAACAAAACCCUCUUCACCAUCUUCAUCAUAUAAAACCCAAACUAUCUCUCUUCAUUCAUCUCUCAUUACACACAUAUUUUGUUUCUAUUUAUCUUUGUAUAUUCCUUGUGUAUAUAUCUCAUAAUAUAGAGCAUCAAACAUGGCUGCUAACAAGUUUGCAACUAUGGUUCAUAGGAACACAAACAAGAUCACACUUAUUCUUGUUUAUGUGCUUCUUGAAUGGACUUUGAUAGCUCUUUUGCUUCUCAAUUCUCUACUUUCUUAUUUCAUCAUCAAGUUUGCAAAUUAUUUUGGCCUUAAGCCACCUUGUUUUUUGUGUUCAAGAAUUGAUCAUUUCUUUGAACCAGAAAAAGGUGAGAGCUUUGACAAGGAUCUUGUGUGUGAAGCUCAUGCAACUGAGAUUUCUCAACUUGGGUAUUGUGGGAAUCAUAAAAAGUUGGCUAGUUUUAGAAGGAUGUGUGAGGAUUGUUCUUGUUCAAGGCCAGAUUUUUGUGGGGUUUCCAAGAAUUUUAGUUUCUUGCCUUGGGUUAAAGAGAUUGGGAUGGUUGGUGGGGCUGAUGGGAAGUUGUUUGAUGAUGGGGUUUUGAGUUUGAGGUGUUCUUGUUGUGAUGUGAGCUUGGAGAAGCAGGUUUAUUCUCCUUAUGUUUUGAUCAAGCCUAGUUGGGAGGAUUUGAAGGGUGAGGAUGAAGAGAAUUUUAGCAAAAAGGAAGAGUUUUCGGAUCGAAUCGGAUCGGGUUUCUUGGUUGAUCAUUUUGAAGAUGAUCAUGAGGUUGAAAGGAAAAAUGAGGGGGAGAUGAUUUGUGAUGCUAAUGGAGGUUAUAGCUUGAUUGAAGGAAAGGCAGAUGAGGAUUCAGAUUCAUCGCUUUCUGUAACGAAAUUCGGGGUGGAGGAAUUGAAAAGAGGGCAUAAUGAUGAAAUAGAAAUGCUUUUGGAAGGAGAUAGGGAGGAGGAUUUGAGUAAGGUAAUGAAAGAUCUGAUUUCUGAUGAGAUUGUGAGCAAAGAAGAGGCAUCUUCCAAAAUUCACCCUGAGGAUUUGGAGUUCUUUAUCGACUUUAGUGGCCAUCAGUUGGUCCCAAUUGAGUUAAUAGAUUCAAUUACCGAGGAAAAUGAAUUGAACAAGGCUGAAGAAAAUCGGAGAAGUAGUGAUUUACAAGAAAAUAAUUGGAGUUCUGAAUCUGCUACUGUGGAUCAAGUUGAAAAAGUGAUAGAGGAACACAGGUUUGAAGCUUUUGAAUCUAUGGAUAUGGAAGAGACUGAGAAUUCUCUGGUUUUUAAUGCUAAAGAAAGUUUUUCGGAAUAUGAAAAUGCCGAUAAAUCUAGGGGUAUGGAAGAGAUCGAGAAUGCUCUGUCAUAUAAUGCUAAAGAAAGUGUUUCGGAAUAUAAAAAUGCUGACAAAUCUGUGGAAAUGGGAGCGGCUGAACAUUCUUUGUACUUUCAUGCUAAUGAAAGUAAUGCAAACUAUGGCAAUGUUGAUAUUACUCAAACAACGGGAAACUCAUUUGCAGAUAUCAAUAAUGUUCAAGGCAUUGCAGCAACUGAGGGUCUAAAACUGGAAUCCGAUGUUCCUACAGUCUGUGAAGAUGUAUUUCGAGUGGAAAGCACAGAAAAAGAACUUGGACUGUUAACUGGGACACAAACUGCAGCAGAAGAUGCUGAAGGCAUAGAGACAUAUGUUGCGGCAGAAGAAACGCCUAUCAUAGUCAAUGAAACUGAAGUCGAAGUCUCCAUAGGGACCGAGAUUCCAGAUCUGUAUUCAACAGAUGAGACUCAAGCUCAAGAUACCAAUUGUUUACAUGAAGAUCCUUCUAUGAGUUCUGCUAAUUUUCAUGAAGAUGAUCGUGAACAUGGCAUUGAGAUAAAAUUGCAACAGGAAGAAGCACUUAGAUUGGGGAAUCUAGCGAUUGAGAUAAGUGAAAAUAUGACGAACAAUCAAGUCCCUGCAAGCACAGAAAGCAAUGUGAUUGAUGAAGAGAAGAUUCCUGACACACCAACUUCGUUGGACAGUUUUCAUCAUUUACACAAGAAAUUGUUACUUCUUGAUCGAAAGGAAUCUGGAACUGAAGAAUCGUUAGAUGGAAGUGUCUUAAGUGAGUUUGAAAGUGGUGACGGUGUAAUUACUGUUGAGCGUCUCACCUCAGCAUUAAGAGCUGAAAGGAAGGCUUUACAUGUAGUAUAUACAGAACUUGAAGAGGAGAGAAGUGCUUCUGCCAUAGCUGCAAGCCAGACGAUGGCAAUGAUAAACAGACUUCAAGAGGAGAAGGCAGCUAUGCAGAUGGAGGCCUUGCAAUAUCAAAGAAUGAUGGAGGAGCAAUCGGAGUAUGAUCAAGAAGCGCUGCAACUCUUGAAUGAGCUUAUGUUAAAGAGGGAAAGAGAAAAACAAGAGCUAGAGAAAGAAUUGGAUAUGUACCGAAAGAAGGUGACGGAUUAUGAAGCUAAAGAGAAGAUGAGAAUGUUGAGAAGAAGCAAGGAUGGUAGUGCAAGAAGUGCAUUUUCCUCUGCUUCUUUUAGCAAUCGGGAGGAUAGCGAUGAUGUAUCUACUGAUUUUAAUCAAGAAGUUGAGGAAGAAGAUGGAUUUUAUAGUCAUCAAGAAAGUGGAAACCAGAAUACUCCUGUUGAUGCAGUUCUUCAUCUAGGCGAGUCCUUUGGUGAAUUCGAGGAAGAGAGGAUGUCCAUUUUGGAGCAGCUCAAGGUUUUAGAAGAUAAACUUUUUACAUUAAGCGAAGACGAGCAUCAUUAUGAGCAUGUAAGGCCAACAAAGCAUUUUUCGCAAGGCAAUGGUAACCAUUUAGAUGAGAAUUCUGAUUUCAGUGGUGAAGAAUGCAAUGGAUUCGCUAAUGGCGAUUCCAGGGAAAUGAAUGGAAAACAUUAUCAAGAGGGGAGAAUCAUAGGUGCAAAGGCUAAAAGACUUCUUCCUCUUUUCGAUGCAACCACUACAGAAAAUGAAAACGGGGAAGUGAAUGGUCAUGAAAAUGGUCACGGAGAUGAGGAACUGAACGAUCAUGAAAAUGGGGAACUGAAUGGUCAUGAAAAUGGAUUUGAAUCUGUUGUCACAAGAUUUGAAUUGGAAGAGAGGAGGGUUGCCAUUGAAGAGGAAGUAGAUCAACUUUAUGCUAGGAUGCAUGCUCUUGAGACGGACAAAGAGUUUCUAAAGCAUUGCAUUAGCUCUUUGAAGAAAGGCGAUAAGGGUAUCGAGCUUCUACAAGAAAUUUUACAACAUCUACGCGAUUUGAGGAACAUGGAGCUCCGUGCGAAGGAUUUCACUGAUGGCACUCUACUAGUAUAACAUUCUACAAGACUAUCAUGUCCAAGAAGAUGAUUCUACCUGAUUUCAUUCUCCAAUUCAUCAAGGAAAAAAGUUACACGGCAAUCAUACAUAUUACUUGAGUUAAAAGUACACCCCCUGCAGAACUAUUCGGAUUGGAAUUUUCCGAAAAAAACAGAUCAGACUUCUCCUAUUGUCAUAUCCACGGUGGACAUGAAGAUAGGGUUGUGCCAAGCUUGUAUAUUUUUGUUUCAUGUUGUUUGUCUUCUACGGACCCAAAUUUUUGUGGGUUGUUUGGUUCAUCUCCCCUUUUAAGGAAAAGUCGGACGAUGAAUGCAUGUGUGUGUAGGCUAGUGACACUGCAGCUGCCACUCUGUCAUUUUGCAUUUCUUGAGACAAAAAUCCUGGUUUGCAAAGCUGGAGAAAUACAACAAAGAUUCCUCCGGUGCCAGGUAACAUAGUAGUGCUAGAAUUUUUAAACAGUUAGGAUUAGAGAUCAUUUUUGAUUUAUUUGAAUCUUUUGGAGGGAGUAAAGAGAGCCGAGAGGAGUAAGUCACUUCCUCUGUCUCUAACCUUUGUGCAUCAUUAGUCUCACUAAGAUUAGUUGUUUAUUAUUUGAUGUAUCAUUAAAGUUGGUUUAGUUGUAAACUAUAUUAUUAUAUGCAUCCUUUUGUAAUUAUGAAUAUGAAGAGAGUGUUUGCUUAUAA